AUGGCCACUAAAACCUUCUCCCUCGCCGGGAAGGGCCUGAAACUCGACACCAAAGAACACCUGGACGAGCAUGUUGCCUCCCUUGUCGACUCCUCUACUGUCACUCAUAUCGAUCUCUCUGGUAACACCCUCGGCGUCUCAGCAUGCGAGGCUCUAGCUCCCAUCCUCUCUUCCAAAGCCACACUCGAAAGCGCAGACCUUCAUGACAUCUUCACCUCCCGACUCCUAGAAGAAAUUCCUCCCGCACUCUCCGCCCUGUUGACAGCGUUACUGGAAUGUCCCAACCUCCAUACCAUCGAUCUGAGUGACAAUGCAUUCGGCCUCAACACCAAAGAUCCGCUCGUUGACUUUCUCUCCAAACAUGUCCCACUAAAACAUCUCAUCCUCAACAACAAUGGAAUGGGCCCUAUUGCAGGAACCUCAAUCGCAGAUGCCCUAACGACGCUGGCAGAGCGGAAAGCAGAAGCAAGAAAAGCUGGCAAAGACGUCCCUGACCUGGAAAGCAUAGUCUGUGGGCGAAACAGACUGGAGAAUGGAAGUAUGGCAGCCUGGGCCAAAGCCUACGAGGCACACAAAUCAGGCAUCAAGAGCGUGAAAAUGACACAGAAUGGGAUUCGGCCAGAAGGCAUAUCACACUUGAUCUCCUCAGGGUUGUCCACGUGCAGUCACCUGGAGAUUUUGGACCUGCAAGACAACACAUUCACUCUCAAAGGUUCGCAGACGCUUUCCAAGGCGUUGGACGGAUGGUCAGACCUAAAGGAAUUAGGAGUCGGCGAUUCGCUACUGGGGGCCCGAGGCGCGAUCAAGGUCUUUGAGGCGCUAGGAGCAGGCAACAAUAAAAAGGUCGAGAUUCUGAGAUUGCAAUUCAACGACAUCAACCCCGCAGGUGUCAAGGCACUGCUCCAGGCGGCGAAAGAUGGUCUGUCAGAACUACGGAGGGUGGAGUUAAACGGCAACAAGUUUGAAGAAGAGGACCAGUCGGUGGAAGAUCUGGCAGCCCUGCUAAGCGACCGCAAAGACAAGAAGGGUGGUGAUGACGAUCCGGACGAUCAUUGGGGCCUGGACGAGCUCGACGAGUUGGAAGGAGAAGACAGUGACGAAGAAGACGAGGAUGGAGCAGAGGCAGAGGAAGAUGACGAUGAGGUGGAGGAAGAUGCUGUGCGAGAAAAGGUCCUAGAAAGUGCAGAUGCGGCGGAGAACGAGCCGGUCUCACAGAAGAAGGAUCAAGAAGUCGAUGACUUGGCCAAGACACUGGAAAAAGUCCUGUGA